AUGGUCUUUCCGACAAAGCUGGCGCGAUGGCGUUCUCCUUCUCCGCCUACGACGCUUUGGGACAUCUACGACAGACAGAUGUACAACGACGACCUGGGAUACCCCAUCUGGAAUCCUUGCCUCUCAGACGACCGGCCAUCACUCUCUUUGGGCUCAGUGGUAUACAAAGACUACGCCACGGUGGAGCUCUUUAGCACCGUACAUUGUGCCGACGAACAGCCACACGCGCCACCCGACCAUACACCAUACCACUACCAAAGAUGCCUCGAUCUCUUGAAGAUGGAAAACCGGACGUUCAUCCUCGGCCCGUCGUUUUCAUCUCAAGGUCAGGACGUAGAGCUACUUGGAGGCGAGGACAACCUCUACUCGAUCAAGUUUCGCAGUAGUUCCGACCAGGGUUCUCUCUUGAUGCUGCAACCCCCAGCAAUGAACAAAUCGAUCGUGUCGCAGGGAACCCUCAAACCGCUCAUGCGCGAGCAUUUCGACAGCUGGCUGGAGCUCGCCAACACGCGGCUUCAGCUGGGUCUCAAAGACGAGGAUCUACACUACGUCGCCUUCCUCACCAACACGUUUACGUGGGCCAUUGGCUCUGUCCAUGGUGAGCAGUACGCUGCGAGAGACGGCCUCAUCAUUGGAGACUUUGACCGGUACGAGUGGUCGAAGAUGAUCGUUCGAAUCGGAGACCACGAUCUCGAGGGGCCUAAUUUCAGAUGGGGCGGCUCCCAUACCGUUCUGCCUGAUAAGGACGUCGCCAGGAUGGCCGAAGGCGAGAAGUCGCCGGCGAUACCUGGGCACCCCCUCUUCAUGUCUUUCUUCAAGAUGAAGAGACGAUUAUUCCGGAGAGUCCCAUACAAUAUUAAGGCAGGGGCAGGCCCUCACACUAUCUCAAGAGGUGGGGACGACGACGAUGAGGACAACGGGAGUUGUUCGUUCGCGCAACUUUCGGAGGACUCGGAGGACUCGGACUCAAUGCGUAGCAAGACUUUUGACCCCGUAGGGCCCGUGCUCGACUAUAUUCUUGAGAAUUCGGAGGCGGAAGUCGCCAUCGCGUCCAGCGCCGCGGUGCCGAUGCUUUUCCGGGGCAUUGGCAUACCCGACGACAUUCGCGCUGCGCUGCAGGAGUUGAAGCCACCUAUCGUCGUCGAUGAACAGGGCACUGGUUUGCGGAUCCGUCCCUCGACAUCCGAGGCCGACGUCACGUAUUCUCUCAGAUCCGAGACGGUCGAGGACAAGGAGCUCUUCACGUCGUGCGCGUUCACCUUUUCAACCUGCAGGAGAUGGUACAAGGACACGGCUCAAUCGCACCGCUGUUUUCGACUACACCCGGUCAUGUGUGGACAAGGCGCCCCCCGGUGUGUCUAA